ACGACCGCGACAAGAUGGCGACGCUGCAGGGCGGGCUUCUGCGGUCCGACCCCGGGGCGCUGAGCCCCGCGCAGCUGGAGCAGCUGCGCAACUUCAAGAUUCAGACUCGGAUUGCUAACGAAAAGUACCUAAGGACUCACAAAGAAGUGGAGUUGCUCAUAAGUGGUUUCUUCAGAGAAAUGUUUUUGAAAAGACCAGACAACGUCCAAGAAUUUGCUGCAGACCAUUUCACAGAUCCAAGACUUCCCAACAAGAUUCACAUGCAGCUAAUUAAGGAGAAGAAAGCGGCUUAAUUAGCAAAAUCAUGAUGCUCAGCUGUUGAGAGAGACCAGAAAGAAUCCAGCCUUGGGGGUCAUCUGGAAGCAAGAGAGCCCUGCUGCCAUCACUGUGGGUUUCCAAGCUUCCUUGGGCUCUGUCUGUUGUUGCAAAGCUUUUAAAAAUACUCAUUAAAAACAGAC